AACAAUACAUACAUACAUACAUAAGAUAUAUAACUCAGCUAUAACUAUAUUAUAUAUAUAUUGAGGAAGAACUAAGUGUGGUGCGUUUCAGCUGCUGACUUUGAAAGAUUAUUAUUCCAAUAAUCUCAACUUAAAGCCGCGGCUACACAAGCAAAGAAUAUAACAAAUAAAUUAAAGCAACAAUUACGAACUUCGAUCUCUUCUUCUCGCUGUGAAACAACACCAUAGCUCAUAUAUAUAGGAGGAAAUUUCCGUUCAAACUUUAUUUUUCAGGAUUUUACUGUGUAUACAGAGGUUAUUAGGUUUGACUUGCCCUUGGCCUAUUGGGUUCUCCUCGUAUUCUUUUGGUAACUAUCCGGAGGAGUUAUCUUGUGAGUGAAGUGCACAAUUCUUGAUAACCGUACAGACAACUGGGCAAGUGCCUUUUUGAAAGGAAGAAAUUAAAGAAAGAGAAAAAAGAGCAAAAGAAUUUUUUAGAUUCAAUGGCUGCAAAUUCGAUGAUUACAAUUGGAGGACGAAGUAUCUUAAAGCCGCCAUUUUUCGAUGGUACAAAUUACAUUGAUUGGAAAGAAGAUAUGAAGAUAUUUAUACAGGCCGUGGACGUCAAACUUUGGUUUAUCAUUAAAAAUGGACGAAACAUUCCAAAAAUAGUUGUGAAUGGAAAUGAAGUGGAAAAACCAGAAGAUGAGUUGGCUGAGGAAGACAUGAAUAGUUUGGGGCAAGAUUCAAGAGCAAAGCACAUGUUAUGCUGUGCUGUAAAUUUUGAGACCUACGAAAGAAUCUUAAAGUACAAAACCGCCAAAGAAAUGUGGGAUGAGCUUGAAAACAGUCAUGGAAAUAAUGAUGUGUACAACUCAUCAACUCCUGAAUCACAUCCCUCAACUACCAAUUCAGACCUACCACCUAUUUGGCGUCCUGGCGGUGUUUUCUUCGAGGAAACAAGAGAUGCAAUGGGCUAUUAUCUCAACAACUGUGUGCCCCUUUACAAGCAUGCACUACAAGGCAAUUGGAAAAAGGCCAAGGCUAUCAUAGUUAAAGAUCGAAGGUUGAGGAAUGCAGCCAUAGCAAAAGGAUCGACUACACUGUUACAUAUAGCAGCAAGUGUACGUGGGGGUGCAAAACAUGUUCACUUUGUGAAACAAUUGAUGGGGGAAUUGAGUCCAGAGGACUUAUUAUCGAUAGAUGAGAAUGGAAACACUGCAUUUUGCCUUGCUGCUGCAGCUGGGAACAUGCAAGUUCUUGACUUGAUGAAAGAUAAGAAUCCAACAGUUGUACAGGUUAGGGGUAAAAAUGGAACCUACCCUCCUGUUCAAUUUGCAGCAUUGCAAGGAAGAUGUGACGUGGCUUCGCAUCUAUAUGAAAAUACCGAAUUCGGACAUUAUUAUGAUGAUGAGUUGAAACGAUUGUUCUUCACUUGUAUCAACACUGGUCUCUACGGUUUAGCCUUAAAAUUGGCCACAGAUCGGCCAUAUUUAGCUUCUAUGAGGGAUGAGAAUGGUGAGACAGCUUUGCAUCUCUUGUCUAAAAGCCAUUUGGAUUCUUGUUGCCAAAGUCCACAACAUCAAAGCUCCAUAAUCAAGAUUAAUCCUGGAAUGAAGCAGCAGGUGGUUUUUCAACUGGUUAAGAAGCUUUGGAGCAAAAUUCUUAAAGAGGAGUCCUCAAUGCGAGAGAUAUUUGAAACGCCAAAGGUCCUUUUUCAACUGUUAUUUGCUGCAGUAGAAGUUGGUAAUUUUGGGUUCUUAUCAGAGAUUCUUAGUGCUUAUCCAGACUUGAUAUGGACAAUGGAUGAGAAUACAGGCCAAACCAUAAUUCACAAAGCUGUGAUGCAUCGCCAGGCAAGCAUCUUCAAUCUCAUACAUGAGAUAGGGUUUGUGAAGGAUGUUAUAGUGACUAUGAUAGACACAGAAAGUAAUACUUUGUUACAUUUGGCUGCAAAAAGAGCACCACCACAAAGACAACUUGAAUUAGUAUCUGGAGCAGCAUUCCAAAUGUGCCUUGAGUUAGUAUGGUUCAAGGAAGUGAAGAAGAUAAUACCACCAUCGUUCAUAAACUAUAAAAACUCCGCUGGUAAAACUGCUAGUGAAUUAUUUUCAGAGGAACAUAAGGAGUUGCGAAAAGAUGCAGAAUCUUGGAUGAAAAGUACAGCUGAGAAUUGUAUGCUGAUUGCAACCGUCAUUGCAACAGGGGUGUUUGCUGCUGCAAUAACCGUGCCAGGUGGUGUUGAUGAUAAAGGGGGGAAGCCAAACUACUUGGGCAAAACAUCAUGGUUCUCGGUGUUUACAAUCUCAGAUGCAACUGCAUUUAUCUCUUCAGCAGCUUCAAUAUUAAUAUUCUUGUCCAUUCUUCUUUCGCGUUAUGCCGAGAAUGACUUCUACAAAUCAUUGCCCCUGAAACUCAUAUGUGGAUUGGUGGCUUUGUUCUGCUCAAUAACAAGCAUGAUGGUAGCAUUUGCAAGUGCCUUCUUCAUUACUUAUCAUCACUAUGCCUCAGAUCUUGUUCCCGGUUUCGUUUCUAUAUUUGCCUCUUUUCCAGCACUUAUAUUCUUGUUUCUCCAGUCUUCAUUGUGGUCAGAUCUAAUGCAUUCAACCGUUUGUUGUAGGAAACUUUUUAAGCCAAGCAAAAAGAUGCUUUACGCACUAGAGAACUAGAGAAAAUGUAAUGUGACUGGAUACUUAGUCAAAUUUGUAUUUCAUGUUGAAAAAAAAUGUUGUGCUCUGUGCGGCAUGUUGAUCAGCAAAAUUGUAGUUGAAAUAAUUGAUUUAGCUUGGUCAUAUGACUCCAUGAUUGAAUAAUACUUUGUUGCGUUUCGCUUGAAAAUAGUUGCAAAUGUGCCUUUGAGUUA